AUCUGUCAUGCAAGUCAAAAGGAUAGUGAGGAGUCCAAUGUAGAGAAAUUGCUGGCAGCCUACUUGUACUAGCCUACAUUUAUUCUGUUUUUCGGCGCCGCAGAAGCUUUUGGAGCGUUAUUCUUAUGAAUUACACACAGAGCAGGAGGCGUCUCUUUACGUUUAGUUGUAUUAUCUGUGUUGAGAGGACGAUGCCUUUGAGGACCGGACUUUUUCUCCUGAUGGUGCUGAACGCAUCUGCAUAUGAACUGGAUCAAAACGAAUCUUAUUCGCCCAGGAGAGCACGCUUUUCUGCCAAUAGCCCUUCAGAUGUGGCACGCUGUCUCAACAGUGCCCUCCAAGUUGGCUGCGGAGCCUUCGCCUGCCUGGAAAACUCAACUUGUGACACAGAUGGCAUGCAUGACAUCUGCAAGUCCUUCCUAUACAGUGCUGCUAAAUUUGACACUCAGGGUAAAGCAUUUGUGAAGGAGAGCCUUAAGUGCAUUGCCAAUGGCAUCACCUCGAAGGCAUUCCCCACCAUCCGCCGCUGCUCCACCUUCCAAAGAAUGAUAUCUGAGGUCCAAGAGGAGUGUUACAGCAAGCUGGAUAUCUGCACUGUUGCCCGAUCUAAUCCAGAUGCUAUUGGCGAAGUGGCACAGCUGCCAAGUCACUUCCCCAAUAGGUUUUAUGGUAAGCUGCUUCAAAGCCUGAUGGACUGUGAUGAGGACACGGUGGAGCGCGUUAGGACCAGCAUGGUGUCGCGGCUGGGCCCAGAGAUGACCAUGCUUAUUCAGCUGCUGCAGAACAAGCCCUGCCCAUCCACUGCUGUGGCUGCAGCUGCCGCCAUCCCAACUGGAGUGGAGGGCCGUGGGAGCUGGCGCUGGUCCAUGGGUCCCCAUAUGUACAAGAUCCAGCCUAAUCUGCGAAACAGAGACUCUGCCAGUCAUUUUGGCAAAAAGCGCUCUGCCAGUGACAGCUCCUAACUUCCACUCACGUUCCACAAAAAAAUGAAAAAAUAGAAAAGAAAAAAAACUCCACACACUCCUCAAAACAUCACGAAAGCUCCUCUAUUCCCUAGAGGUGAUAAAAAUCCAUUCCUCCGCUAGACUGGAAGUUACAGAAACAUUCACCUCUAGGGAAUGCCGGAACGCCCAUAGAGUUGAUAUCAGAGUUUGAUUGUUGUUAUAUUGUAUAUCCUACACUUUAGGCUUGAGAGAACCCCCCCUCCAUCGACUGUUUUCAAACGUGUCCGCUCACAGUUAGUGUUGAACAUGUGGCUGUUGCAUCUGUGCAACACGGUCCUGUUCACUCCUCUUCACCUCCUCCAACAGAGAUGAAUCCUUAAGAAGUCGUUUGAUGCCAAGCAAAAAAAAAAAAAAAAAAGAAAGAAAGAAAAAAAGAAAAACAGCCAUGGUGGUCCACGCCCUUAGAGCAAAAGUUAAAAGACAAAAACACAAUCUCAUAAUCCCGACAUUUGUUCAUGAAUAGAAAUCAGUAGUUGGAUUAUUAUUAGUUCAUUAAUAGGAAUGGGAAAUUAUCAAUAGAUGUGUCUAAUAUUUCAGCAAUGAGACCAGUCAAAUUGUGAGCAUGAGAUGUGGAAAUGAAUUUCAUAUCUAUUUUCUGACACUAACACAACACUUAAAUGUACUGUAUACUACAUUAUCUGAGACAGCCAUAGCAAGCCCUCUAAAAGAGUGCUCAUACGGAGUGAGGUCUGUAGAGGUUUCAUGAUAACCUUUGAGAGGUUACCUUAAACUGACCAAAAAACUUCAAACUGCCCUGAAUGCUAUUCAUGAAAUACCAAAAUAGUGUAUAGCUAUAGCACUUAUAAUUGUUUUUUUUAGUUUAGUUUUGUUUUGGGUUUUUUCUGAUGGCCGACAUAGUCAUGGUCAUGUGUUUCAAAUCAUCGUCCUGCACAAUAACGAUUGUCCAGGUCAUGGCCAAGUCUGCCUGUCAGAAAAAAAAAAAAAAAAUCCAUUUUGCAUAUCUUGUAUCCAGACACUUGUAAAAUGCGUAAGACUGUUGAGCUCUACAGUAUAUGUGGGACCAUGUUUAGUGGAAUCUGUAUCCAUGUUCUUAACUGAGUGUGAAGCAGUGGUGUAUGUGCAGUAGCUGAUUAGCACGUUCACCAAUGAGACUGAGAGCAGCCAUCUUCUUGGACUGAUGAUCAUCAUUCUCUGAGGUGAAUCACGUGACAUACACACUGGCUUCCAGUGUCAAGAUUGAGAAUGACUAUUUAAAAAAAAGCCUUGUUGGAAUGAUAUUUAUUUUCCUACUAUAUUAUUUAAUUUUUUUUAAUGCAUUAUUGUAGUUUUAAUUAGUUUACAGAUUUUAAAAAGCAGUUCAGUCAUGGCUCCUAUUUGAACAUGAGCUCUAUGCCAAAAAAAAAAAAAAAAAAAAGUGAGCUGACACUCUGAAUGAAUGGGACCCAUGUCAUGACUCUGUGCUGGCCAUAGGGGAACAAGGUUGGUCAUUCAAGUCAGGUGAUCUACUUUAUGGGUGUUACAAGGGACCACAACAAAACUAUAGCUUCAUUUUGACACACUUUCUGGUUUAAAAAUAAGGUCGUCACCACAGCUGCUCGAUGUGCUCGUUGGGUGCUGGGGGGUUUUUGUGCACAUUAUCAAAGAUUGAGCAGGUAUAGUUAGAUUAAAACAAACACCAGCAUCAAGUACCCUUGUAGUGAUGUUUUUUGAUGGUUCACUAGUUUUCAAUGCUUCUCAUUGCAAAGAGUGAAACUGAUUUUCCUUAAGAUGACUGGCUACAUGUAGGCAACUUCUAAUAGUGGCUAAUGUCAGCUAUCAUCUCCUUCCCAUGCAUUUCUUUUGUGUUAUUAUUACUUAUUAUGUUUUUAUUAAAAAUGUGCUUCAUAUAAUACAAUAGGGAAAGGGUGACAAAGCAGUACAGACUGUAUUGUUUGUAUCAGCUCCCAAGUCCUUCCUUUAAAGCCCCAGAAAAUUUGUGAAAAACAUGAACUAUUUUUCCAUAAAAACAAAUAUACAAGUCAAGUCAAGAACUUUAUACACAACUAAAUAAGCAACAGUAGUUAUUAUUUAGGAGUUUAAUGCUCAAAAACUCAAAUAAUCAGUUUCAUCAGGUCUGCGCGGGUGUGGUUUGAUCAGAUUGGAUCGACACUGACUGGCAACAUUAGCAAACAACCCCACAGCUGUCAUCAGUUUCGAUUCAGUUUCUGAUUCAAAUGUUGCCAAAUCCUGAUUGGUGCACGAAAAUAUGUGACGUCCAAUUCCAACUGAUCCCCACCCGCCUGCAAACCUGUGAGAAGAGACAAAACAGACAAAACAACACGCACAGAAAUCUCUCAUGUGAAAAUAACCAAUAGGCUGAUCCACAUAGGACCACAUCAGUCACAUUUAGAAGAUGUUUUCAGGGCCUUUUAAGAGAGUGGUGUCGAGCAGGAUGGUGGUGUUCCUGCCUAGAGGUCGCUCAGGAGGUUAAGAAGAUUAAGAGUUGCUUUCUGUGUCACGUAAUGCAAAAGAAAAAUGAAAAAUACAGAGUCCAGGUGGACUUCAUUUGUUAAAUAAUUCUCCUACAUCUAAGAUCAAGACAAUGGUUCAGAAUCAGUAGAUUAGUACAGAACCACAGUCACUAAUGCUGGUGUUUGUUUUAUAUAUACCUGGUAGACAGGAGGUGGGUUUGCACCAGUAACUUUUCUGAGAUAGUCGAUGACUUUCGAUGGUUUCUGUUUUGGAGUAAGUGGAAAUCUUAGUGCACAUUGAAAAUGCAAAAUAGAGAUUAACUUGGAACCAGGACUGGGUUCAGUUCACCAUGAAGCAGCUUGAUUUAGAAAAUACCCUUUCUUUAAAAUUCAAUUGCAAACUAGUCAUCUUAAAAUGUGUUUUAUAGCAAAAUUAUGAGGAACUAUUGAGCAAAAAGUUUGUGUUUGCCUGACUUUGAUUGCCGUUAGAGCUGUUAUUUUGACUUCAUGAAAGGAAUUGAACCCUGCCCUGUUUGAAAAAAGAAUCUGUAUAUUGUCCUGGACUGAUAAGAAUGAAGCACAAACCAGAAACAGAGAUGUCUUAUUUUUCAGUGUCAAUUUAAUAGCUAUGUUAAGAAUUCCAAACUAUGCAAUAAUCUCACACACAAAGGAUUCACAGCAACACAGAAAUUGACCUUUAUUUCAUUCAGUGCCAGCUGAUGCUGUGUGAAUAAAGCAGCAGCAUGGGUGCUCUCAUACUGCACUCACAGUGUGAAGGCAUCGCUCCUCUGUAUCGCUUUUUGUUUCUGUUUUUUGUAAAGUGGGUGUCUUUUGUUCUGUGAAUCUGAUCAUUUCUUUUGUGUCGUUUGGUGCGAAAGGACAGCAGUUCUGAAGGAAUCACUCGGGAAGUUAAGAGCUAUAGUCACACUGUAGUAUAUCCUAGCUUACUAUUUUAUGUUAAAUAUGCACUUUGCAUCUUAACCACUAUAAAGGGCAUUGAAACAUUCAGCACAUGUGCAAUUGAGACAUGUUUUAUUUACCCAGUGAAUGGAAAUCAGUUUGAAUAUUUUGCAUCCUGAAGGGUCAGGGCUUCUUCAUGUACUAUUGAUACAUAUGUCUGUAUCUUUGUUGUCCAUGGGUAAAUCCAAAACCCAACAGCUGCUGCUAAACUAUUACUUCCCUGUAUUGAUGCUGUCCAGAUGCCCAUCUACUGUGGCCGCUCUGACCUGUCAACACACCGUGAGCUCAGCAUCAGUCCGCAUUAGCAUUUUAAUGUAUAUCCUUGUCUUCAUAUAUUUAUUUUCUACGAACAUUCCUUGUGUCAAAUAUAUUUGGCAAGGGCAAAUUGACUGUUUCCUCACCAAGUCAAAUGUAACGGUAAUUUCAGAGAAUGUACCUGUAUACUGAAUGUCUGUUUCGACGUAGAACACACCCACGUUAGGUGACCCAUGAAGGCUAUUGGGAAAAACAAAAGCAAGACAAGAGUAAGACUUUCGAUUUCUUUGUUUUUAGAUUUUAAUCCAAGUAUAGGGUGCUUAAGGUGGUACUGGAGUAUUGUUAAAUUGACCCAUGGUGACUUUUGUGAAACUGUUUCUCCUGUCAAUACUAGAGACUAAACACUCCCUCACUUCUGGCACUUCAUGGUACUCUUUCCUCUCAAGACUUGAAAUAGAUUGAUAAAUGUUGUUGUGCUUAAAACAAAAUCAAAAAGCUUAAGUGACUAGUAAAGUUUAUUUUGUAUUCAUAUAUAUAUGAGUGACAGUUAUUUUACUAUCAGAUUCAAAAAGUUAUCCAGGAUUUAAGGAGACAACUGAAGUUCCUGAUAAAGAUGCUAUGUAACGCAUGAUUGACCCUUGUGAAUCACUUGCACUUUAGAAUAUACCCAUAUACAUAUAUACCCAUACUGUGUAUAUGUUUGGGUUUUUCCUCUGUACUGAAAAGUCAUGAAAGAUACAAAUGCAUCAAUUGUGUGUCUUUUGCUGAUCAGAAAUAAAAUAUUUAUCAUAUCUGGCA